ACUAUUUUUUUAUCCAUUUCCCUCGCUCUCCCUCUUCGAGUCGGCCACAAAGCGGUGGUUCGCUUUCGAGGACGGGGUUCGAACCCUAACCCAGCGUUCUUCGCAUUCUUGUUUUCCAUGAGAUGGGAGAUGGAGAUGGAGGAGGUGGAGGCAGUUCUUGAGCGGAUCUCGGACCUCCAUGACAAGAUCAGCGACGCCAUCCACACUAUCUCGCGCGCUCACUUCCUCCGCUUGGUUAAGGACUCCCGCGGAGGAAGGGACCAGCCGCCGCUGGUAGCUAAAGAGGUUGAUUGUGAGGGAGAUGGGAAGGGCGGGUUUGUAUACGUCAAGGAUUUUGGGGUGGAAGUUGAGGACGAAGGCGCGGCGAUGGAGGAGGCCAGGAGCCUCAACGCCAUCCGCACUGCGCUGGAGAACCUCGAGGACCAGCUUGAGUUCUUUCAUACUGUACAAUCACAACAGCGUGCUGAACGAGUUGCUGCUAUUGCACGAUUAGAACAAAGCCGUGUCAUCCUUGCAAAGAGAUUAGCUGAUCAUCGUGGAAAGAAGUAUAAAGUCAUUGAAGAUGCUCUGGCAUUUGUAGGUGAUGUGCAUGAUAUGGGUAAUUUUGGCAGACCAGAUUUCCUUUCUGAAAAUGAAAUUACAGGGAGCCAGUUAGGCAAGAAUUUGGAAGGCAAGGAGGAGAAGCAGCCCAGCAUGUUUGUGCAGGUGUUCUUAUCGAGCUUUACUGCAGCUAAAAGAUCAAUCAGAUUGGUGGGUUUUCAAGGCAUUUUAGGGAAUGCAGCUAUAUUUGCUGUCAGUAUGCUUGCUUUUCUGCAACUCAAUCGAGUUGCUUGUAAUGGUGGAACAGCACAGACACAAGAUCGGGCAUUCUACAGGAGGAGAAAUGAAAGUGAUUUUAUGCUUUUGGAUAAAUCUUCCAAGGGGAACCGAUUGAAGCAACUCGAUGUUCUGUCCGCUAGGGGAUAGGUAGAAUAGGAUUAUCCUUGAAUAAUGUUUGUAAAUCUUUUUUGAAGUAGUUAGGCAGUUUGGAGAGGCAAUUAUUUCGAUUGAAGUUUUUGAAAUUUUUUGCCUCUCGAUACUUUUAUUCAUUCUUUUUUUUCAUUUUGAUUUCCUUUUCCCUGCCCAAUUUUUGGAGAUGAUCAUGAUAUUAUGUUUGCACUUUUUAGAAUCUGAAUGACUGCGUGCCACCUUUAUCUCAUUGUACUUGUUUGUCAACUUCUCUUAUUCAGUUCAUAUC